ACACAACUUCUCAUGGUGUUAGACAGAGAUCGAUCCUGUUAACAACAUCUGCACUUGUUAUCAUGGCAACUCAGAUUCUCUGUCUGUCUAAUCCCAUACAAACACUCACCACUACUGUUACUUUAAAUAACAACUUCACCCGACAACCAUCUCUUGCAUAUCCCAAACCUAGAACACUUAAAUGUGCAGACACCUCUCAGAUAACACCCCAUAGACGUUCAGCUAAUUACCAGCCAAACCUCUGGAAUUUUCAACUCUUACAAUCUCUGGGAAAUGACCUUCAGGAGAAAAAACUGAAUGAAAGAGCAAAAGAGCUGGAGAAGGAGGUACGACGUAUGAUGAAUAGGGUAGACACAGAGCCACUGAGCUUACUAGAAAUGAUCGACAAUGUCCAGCGUCUAGGAUUGACCUACAAGUUUGAGAAGGACAUAGUCAAAGCCCUUCAUGACAAGAUUGUUCUGUUGAAUGAAAAUGAGAAGCACAAAAGUGGACUCCAUGCUACUGCUCUCAGGUUUCGUUUACUUAGACAACAUGGUUUUCAUGUAUCCCAAGAUGUGUUUAAGAGAUUUAAGGACAAGGGAGGUUUCAGUGUUGAACUUAAAGAUGACGUGCAGGGGUUGUUGAGUCUGUAUGAGGCGUCUUAUCUUGGCUUUGAGGGAGAAAAUCUCUUGGACGAGGCAAGGUUAUUUUCAAUUACACAACUCAAGCAAAUCUUAGAAGAAGGAGUAAACAGCAAAGUGGAAGAACAAGUUAACCAUGCACUUGAACUUCCUUAUCACCGAAGAUUGCACAGACUAGAAGCACGAUGGCAUCUUGACAGAUACGAAGCAAAGGAACCCCACCACCAGUUACUACUGGAGCUUGCAAAGCUAGAUUUCAAUAUGGUGCAAUCAGAGCACCAAAAAGAACUGCAAGAACUAUCAUGGUGGUGGAGGGAGAUGGGGUUGACAAAGAAGCUAGAUUUUGUAAGAGACAGAUUAAUGGAGGUAUACUUCUGGGCAUUGGGAAUGGCACCUCAUCCUCAUCAAAGUGAAUGCCGGAAAGCUGUCACAAAAAUGUUUGGUCUGGUCACCAUUAUUGAUGAUGUGUACGAUGUCUACGGUACUUUGGAAGAACUGCAACUCUUCACCGAUGCUGUUGAAAGAUGGGACAUGAAUGCCAUAAAUACUCUUCCAGACUACAUGAAGUUGUGCUAUUUAGCACUCUACAACGCUGUCAACGACAUCACAUACAGCAUCCUUAAAGAAACUGGGCAUGACAACUUUUCCUAUCUAGCAAAAUCUUGGGGUGAGCUGUGCAAAGCAUUCCUCCAAGAAGCAAAAUGGUCAGACAACAAAAUCAUUCCAGCUUUCAGUAAGCAUAUGGAAAACGCAUUAGUUUCUUCCUCCGGUGUGACUUUGCUUGUUCCUUCCUACUUCUUAUGCCAACAGAAAGAAGAAUUCUCAGACAAAGGUCUCCACUACUUGACUAAUUUUGGUGGCAUUGUGCGCUCCUCAUGCACCAUUAUCAGACUUUGCAAUGAUCUGGCAACCUCUGCUGCUGAGUUAGAGAGGGGUGAAACAACGAACUCAAUAACGUCGUACAUGCAUGAGAAUGGGAGUAAUGAGGAAGAAACUCGUGAGGAAUUGAGAAAUUUGAUCGAUGCAGAAUGGAAAAAGAUGAACGAAGAAAGAGUUUUGGAUAGUAGAAUUCUAAAAGCUUUCAUGGAAAUAGGUAUUAACAUGGUCAGAGUUUCUCAUUGCAUAUACCAAUAUGGAGAUGGACUUGGAAGGCCAGACCUCAUGAUAGAGAACAUGAUCAAGUUGCUACUUAUAGACCCUCUUCCUAUUAAUUAGCUGCAAAUUUCUAUGCUUUCCUUCAAGGAAAAAAUAA